UACAUGAGGAACUGCAUCGCCGUGGGGCGCCUGCCCCACCUCAUGCUCAUGUCCAAGGAGAGUCUGUACAGCCAGCUGCCGGCCAACGUCUUCCUGCUGCCCUCCUACGCCCGCCGGGCCGGGCCCUGCGCCCACGCCAACGGGGACCCGCCCGCCAAGUCCCUCUGGUCCGUGCCCAGCCUGCUGCGCAUCAGCGUGCUGUGUGCCACCUACGUCAACGUCAACAUCCGCGACAUCGACAAGAUCUACGUGCGGACGGGGAUUUACCAUGGCGGGGAGCCCCUCUGUGAUAACGUCAACACCCAGCGCGUUCCCUGCUCCAACCCCAGGUGGAACGAAUGGCUCUCCUACGACAUGUACCUCGCAGACCUGCCCCGCGCCGCCCGCCUCUGCCUCUCCAUCUGCUCUGUCAAGGGCCGCAAGGGGGCCAAAGAGGAGCACUGCCCCCUGGCGUGGGGGAACGUCAAUCUCUUUGAUUACAAAGAUACCUUGGUGGCUGGGAAGAUGGCGCUCAACCUGUGGCCGGUGCCCCACGGCCUGGAGGACUUACUGAACCCCAUCGGUGUGGGGGGCUCGAACCCCAACAAGGAGACCCCCUGCCUGGAGCUUGAAUUCACCUGGUUCAGCCACGCGGUGAAAUUCGCCGACGAGGCACAAAUCGAGGAUCACGCGAACCGGAGCAUGUCACGGGAGCUGGGCCUCAACUGCUGCCUCACGGGGCUGAGCAACCGCCUGGCCCGGGACAGCAGCCUUCAGGAGAACGAACUGGAGCAGCUUCGGAGCAUCUGCCACCGUGACCCCCUGUCGGAGAUCACCGAGCAGGAGAAAGACUUCCUCUGGAGGCACCGCCAUUACUGUAUCAACAUCCCAGAGACGCUGCCCAAGCUGCUGCUGUCCGUCAAGUGGAAUUCGCGGGACGAGGUUGCUCAGAUGUACUGCCUGCUGCGGGAGUGGCCCCUCAUCGCACCGGAGCUGUCCAUGGAGCUGCUGGACUGCAACUUCCCUGACCCCCGCGUGCGGGACUUCGCCCUCAAGUGCCUGGCGCAGGGGCUGACGGAUGACAAGCUGAGCCAAUACCUCAUCCAGCUGGUCCAGGUCCCGCCGCGCCGCCCCGGCAACCCCCGUCCUGCCCCCUGCGGCCCCUG